UGUCCAUCACGGCGCACUGAGGAAAUUACACAUCGCAUUCAUUCACUUCCAUCCAUGCGUGCAUGCAGGGCAAUCAUGCAUUCAAUUGCAUGACUGUACUGUUGUCACGUCAUCAUCUGAGCCGCGUGUUAAAUGUAUGUAAUGUAAAUGUACUAAAUCAAUAUGUGACCGCUGCCAAAUAGGCGGGACUUCCUUCCGGCUGUCAGCAGAGUUGGGCUGUUUAUCUCGGUGCGUUCACGCUAACAGUGCAGCGGUCAGAUAGCGAGCUUUCGGCACACGAUGCAUGGUCAUCUUCUGCGUGGAGGUCUGGGCCCUCUGGCCCUCUUGUGGACCCUGACGGCACCUUUAGUUUCCCUCCAGGACUUGACAGAGCGCCCCAAGCUGCUCCUGGUGUCCUUCGAUGGCUUCCGCUGGGACUACGUGAACCGCGUUCCCACGCCAAACUUCCACAUCCUGAUGGAGGAAGGCGUGACGGUGGAGCAGGUGGAGAGUGCGUACAUCACAAAGACCUUACCCAACCAUUACAGCCUGGUGACGGGCCUCCACGCCGAGACGCACGGCAUCGUCGCUAACGAGAUGUUUGACCCGGUCCUCAACCGCUCCUUCUCCAUGGAGACGGACAGCAUCUAUGAGUCCCAGUGGUGGGAGCAGGCGGAGCCCCUGUGGGUUACCAUACAGAAGUCUGGCGGGCGUAGCGGCGCCGCUAUGUGGCCCGGUUCCGACGUGACGAUCCACGGAAUGUUCCCUACUCGGUACCUCCCAUACAAUGCCUCAGUUCGCUUCGAGACCCGGGUGGAGCACCUGGUCGAAUGGUUUUCUGCUCCUGACAAGGAGGCGGUGGAUUUCGGGGUCCUGUACUGGGAGGAACCUGACGAGAGCGGGCACGAUUUCGGACCAGAGAGCUCCCUGAUGGACGGUGUCAUCGCCGACGUGGAUGAGAAACUCGGCUUCCUGCGAAACGAGCUGAAGAAGGCGGGCCUGUACGGGAGUGUCAACCUGGUGGUGACCAGCGACCACGGCAUGACGCAGCUCUUCGCCCAUAAGAUCAUCGAACUAGACGAGUACGUGAGCAGAGACCUUUACACCUGGGUGGACAAAAGUCCCGUGGUGGGAAUACUGCCCAAAGAAGGGAAGCUGGACGAGGUGUACGACAAGUUGGCCGACGCCAACCCCUACAUGGCGGUCUACCGGAAGGACGCCAUCCCCGAACGCCUCCACUACCGCCAUAAUGCAAGGAUCAUGCCCAUCCUGGUGGAGGCUCGGGAGGGAUGGACCAUCGUGCAGAACAGGAGCACGCCGCUCAUGAUGGGAAAUCACGGCUACGACAACACUCUGCGCAGCAUGCAGCCCGUCUUCCUGGCCCGCGGCCCGGCCUUCCGCCAGAACUAUGUAAAGCCCACCAUGCGCUCUGUGGACCUGUACCCUCUCAUGUGCCACAUCCUGGCUGUCCCGCCUCUGCCCAACAACGGCUCCCUCUCGAAUAUCCGGGACCUGCUGCACCCGGAGCCCACGGCGUCCCCGCCCGGUGUCCCCACCCCCCCGGGGCCGGCGGGGGCCUCCCACUUCCCCGCGGUGGUUGGCUUCCUCCUGGGGGCGAUGCUGGUUGUGGGCUUCCUGGUGGUGUUCGUGCGGCAGGUGACGCUCAAGCAGCUGCCGUCGCUCAAACACACCAGUAGGGAGAUGUCGCAGCCUUUACUGCAAGAGGACUUGCACCUGUAGCCGGAAGCAAGCAGAAAUGCUGGACUUGUACCCCCACCUGGAGGAGGUCCAAUCAGAAGCAGGUGGGGAAGCUGGUCCCAGUGUGGAGGCUCAACUUCUGGUGGUAGGACUUUAAAAUCUUUCUGUGAAGCUUUGCGUGGCUUUACUUUGACUGUGAACAGGGUUCAAAAUGGGUGGAAAAUUCCCAGAAAAUGUCUGUAAAGUAUCGCUAAAUUUCCAUAGGAAGCUAAGAUAUGGAAUUUUGGGGAUAUUCCAAACUGGAAACGUUCCAUGAGAAUUAUUGGAAUUCACUGGGAAUUGAGCGCAAUUUUAUGGAAAAGUAUCGUAUUCAAGGAUUCAUCCAUGAAAAAUAGACAGCUCUCCUUGCCCACAUGUGAGGGCAUUACAGUACCCUAAUUGCUCCAUUUUUUUUCACUUGAGCGGCGGUGGCUCGAAAGCUUGCUCGUACCUCCUAUUUUGGCUCGCUGCACAAAGGGGGGGAACAAAAAAAAAAAUACAAAAUUAUAAUAAUCGACCAAGCGAUGGCUUGUAACAAAAACCAUGAAAUCUGGUUGUUUUGGUCAGGACUAAGCUAAAAUAUAUUUUCCACAACUAUAUUCCAGUUCCCUUUUAAGAGCCAACCUUCAAUGUAUUAAAUUCCUGGUUUAUUCCUGUUAAUUCCCAACUUUGAAAAUCCCCAGAAUUUUGCAACCUUAAUUAUGAACCCUCUAACGUCAUCACAUUGUGUUCAUACUACUACCUAUGUUUGACAUCCAAGCCCAAUGUGAAGCUUUUGUUAUCUCGUGCCACUUUUGCUCAGUGGAAAACAAGACAAAAUGUGUCCAUUUGUUGCCACAACAGCAGCAGCCCCUUUUACACAGCCUGCAAACAUGGGAUUUUUCGAUCUUCUUUUUCUGUUAUUCUGUAUAAAUGGCACCCAAUGGGAGGAUGAAUUGGAAGCAAAAUUUGAAAAUGUUCUGCCUUGUGAGGUAGUAUUAGAGCGUAAUUGUAUUCUGCAAAAUUUAACAUCUGACACUCUCUUCUCCCACCCUGUUGUGGUGAAAGCAAAUUUAUACAUUACCAAAUGAUAGCCUCAAAGUCAUCUAAUUAAUUGACUGCGGGAUGCCGUGUUGUUGUGAAACAGUUGCUUCAAUGUCCCGCUAUUGUUUUGUGCUGCGUGGAUAAAAGCCCGAUCUUCUGUUACAGCUCUGAUGCGGCCAUUUUGUGGGAUCUCUGUGUGGAAAAAGGAAAGUGUUUUAAGGCCUAAAAAGUUAGCGCUUUUGUGCAAAAGGCUUAAAAAAACAAACAAAAAAACAGUAUACUUGCAACUCUUAGUGUUUCCCAGUGUUGUUGUUUUUUUUAAUAGUAAUAUGAAAAAUAUCGCUAUCAUAAUGGUGCGCCUGAGGGCCGGGAUUCUGAAACACGGCGACGACUUUGAGACAAUUUCUCACAAAAAUAGUGUGAGGUGUGGCAAAGAGCCCAGGAAAGAAAUUUUCUUCCUAUGGAAAGCCGUUUGAACAUUUAUUUGAUAUCUAUCUAGCGCAAGGUCCAUGUACAAGUUUGGGGCGUCAAACUAAUUUUUGUCACGGGCCACCUCGUAGUUAUGGUUUCCUUUGAAGUGCCGUUAUGACUGUGAACCCUUAUAAAUGUAUGAUCGGCUCAUAAUAUUACAUAUACACAAUGAAUUGAUUGAUAGCUAGUUUUGAAAUCAGAACCCAGUAAAACAAAUUUUGUUCAACUAUUAUUCAGUUUAUUUUAAAAGGGGUAUUUGUAAGGAAAAAAAAUGCUUGCAAUAUUACUGAAACUGUUCUCAACUGCCUUACCUGGUUAGUCUGGUCAGUUGGAAAAAAAUAAACUACAACUACUAGUGAAGUGCUAGAUGAUAAUGUCGUAUGCAUUUGUGAACUAGUGGACCGUUUUGCCUCACCAGCAACGUAGCUGUCUUACUAGUAGGGCUGUCACUACCAAAUCUUUUUAGAAUCAAUUAUCCUAUAGAUAUUUCAUCGAGCAAUCGUCAUUUUCAAAACUAUUUUUUGUUUUUACGACUAGCAUGCAUUUUAUUCUCAUUUAUGAGGGCUAGACUUCUAUCCUUAAACUUUAUGUCGGUACUGAGUAUAUGGUAUAAACUCUCUACAGAAUUUGAGACAACAAAAUCAGCCUUUGCUAAACGAUUUAGCAUUUGCGAUUAGCAUUAGCACCCUAGCAAUGAUUAUUUUAGGUAAAAAAAAACAAACACCAAAAAACGCUAACUACCAUAAGCUCACUUAGACAUGUUAUAUGUACAUUACACAUCUAAUAGUGUCUUAAAAAUCACUUAUAGAUGCUGCUUUGUCGUUUUUGGCAAUGUUUUUCACUGGCCCAACAGGACGUCCGUCUACAACAAAUGUCCGUGCGCUAACCAUGGACGGUGGCCAAAUGGUUUCUGUCAGUGCAGAUUGGGUCUGAGCGGCACAAAUAUGCUUUUGCGAAUAUUUUAUAUUGCCUCGAGGCAGAAACGUUCGCCUCAAACAAUUUUUGUGGUCGACUGAUUUUCUUUUUUUUGUUUUUGCACAGCCCUACUUACUAGUAGGAAUUGUCUUACUACUGGGGACAAAGCGUGCACUACUACUACGUGGAUGUGAAGAAGGAUAUUAAGGAUGUGGGAUAAAUGCUCAAACGGCUUUCCAUGUCCUCCUUUGUUUGAAUGUCAGCCGGCGAGCGCUCCUACCUGUCAAUCAUUCCAUUCAGCAUCGCUAUGUGUCGUACAGUCUUUGCGUGUGGUCUGUCCUUUUAGAUAUCUAUGUGGGUGGAAUGUGAAGUGCAGUUUUGCCAUCGUGAGUAUUUUCUCUCUCUGGAAGUUUUUAUCCUCUUUGCUUUGGGCUAGAAUUGUUCCUGCUAUUUGCACUACAUGACCGACAGGGGGCAGUAGGUUACAGUAUAUACUUUGCACUUCAUGUUGUAGUAUUAAACAAAAACAAACAAAAAAAGAAGUUAGGUGCCUCUCGCCAAAAAGCUUUUAAAUCAGCGUAGUCACAAAAGUGUUAGCAAUUUACUGACAUUUGUAUUUUUCUUGUCUUUAUGGCUUUCAGAUUAUUGUUGCGCUAACAAGGUAGCUGAGCACCCCAAAAAUGACACUGUGAUGUAUUGUUUUUAAAUUUCUAUGAUACAUUUUCAGAUUGAAAGAAAAAGUGUCUUGUUGACAGAUGAAUGAACACACACGCACACACACACGCACACACAAAUGAUUUGUUCAAAGAAUGAUUGCCAGAUGAGUUGCAUUUGUGAAAUGUGACAAACUUGGUCAAGAAAUGAACUGUAUUUGCCAUGUUAACAGGAUUAAAAUGCCUUCUGAGUUAAAAGGA